ACAUCCGCGAGACUUAGAGCCCGUGUGGCAGCGGUGCGGAGCGGUCGGGUUCUCAGCGGCGUGGAAACUUGUGGUGCUGACAGGCUGCGGCCGAGCCUCUGUGAAGAAGGUGCAAGAGGUUGGCAGCUUCGGUUGAAGCACAUCGAGCCGAGCGGCGGCGGCGGCGGCAGCAGCAGCAUCGUCUAGGAGUCAUGAGCGACAGCGGCGAGCAGAACUACGGCGAGCGGGUUAAUGUUGAAGAAGGAAAAUGCGGAAGUCGUCAUUUGACAAGUUUUAUAAAUGAGUAUUUGAAGCUCAGGAAUAAGUGAAGCUGAAAUUUGAAAAAAUUAAAGAAUGCAUGCUAAUUAUCAGACCAGAAGUCCCACUUGUAGAAUAUUGAGCAAUUUGUGUGAAGUGGGGAAGAUGAAAGAAGUCAGAAUUUGAAACGGAAGAAUGAAGAAAAGAAAUAAAAAUGAAGUUAAGAUAAGAAGUAAUCUGGAAUCAGAAAGCACUACGCUAACUGAAUAGAAGAGUCAGAUGAUUGUAAUGAUGUUGCCUUCAGUUGGAUGGAACAAGUACACAUCAAAGUAAUACUCAAUGAUAGCCAACCAACAGCUGUCUUCUACCCUAUUGGAGAAGCCAAGGAAUCCCGUUCUGCUUCCAGAAGUGGAAGUGCUCAUGGAUCUGGGAAAUCUGCAAGGCAUACCCCUGCAAGGUCUCGCUCCAAGGAAGAUUCCAGGCGUUCCAGAUCAAAGUCCAGGUCCAGAUCUGAAUCUAGGUCUAGAUCCAGAAGAAGUUCUCGAAGGCAUUAUACAAGAUCACGAUCUCGGUCUCGCUCCCAUAGACGAUCCCGAAGCAGGUCUUACAGUCGAGACUAUCGGAGGCGUCAUAGCCACAGUCAUUCUCCCAUGUCUACUCGCAGACGUCAUGUCGGGAAUCGGAGAGGGUGGAAGGGAGGGGGAGAGACAGAGGGAGAGAAACAUCGAUGUGAGAGAGACACAUCCACUGGUUGCCUCCCGCACACGCCCCGACCGGUGCCGGUGAUCAAGCCUGCAACGGAGGCAAAUCCUGAUCCCAACUGCUGUCUUGGAGUAUUUGGAUUGAGCUUGUACACUACAGAGAGAGAUCUAAGAGAAGUAUUCUCUAAAUAUGGCCCCAUUGCUGAUGUGUCUAUCGUAUAUGACCAGCAAUCUAGACGUUCAAGAGGAUUUGCCUUUGUAUAUUUUGAAAAUGUAGAUGAUGCCAAGGAAGCAAAAGAGCGUGCCAAUGGAAUGGAGCUUGAUGGACGUAGAAUCAGAGUUGAUUUCUCUAUAACAAAAAGACCACAUACCCCAACACCAGGAAUUUAUAUGGGGAGACCUACCUAUGGCAGCUCACGCCGUCGUGAUUACUACGACAGAGGAUACGAUCGAGGCUAUGAUGAUCGGGACUACUAUAGCAGAUCAUACAGAGGAGGUGGUGGAGGUGGAGGAGGAUGGAGAGCUGCUCAAGACAGGGAUCAGAUUUACAGAAGACGGUCACCUUCUCCUUACUAUAGUCGUGGAGGAUAUAGAUCACGUUCCAGAUCUCGAUCAUACUCACCUCGUCGCUAUUAAAGCAUGAAGUGGAAGGCUUUCUGAAACCUACCUUAGAGUUUGGAUAUUGUUUGUGGACAAUAUUUUUUAUUGUCUCCUGUUUAAAAAGUGAACAGUGCCUAGUGAAGUUAGGUGACUUUUACACCUUUUAUGAUGACUACUUUUGGUGGAGUUGAAAUGCUGUUCUCAUUCGCAUUUGUGUAGUUCGGUGCUUUGUUCCAAGUUAAGUGUUUUCAGAAAAGUAUGUUUUGCAUGUAUUUUUUUACAGUCUAAAUUUUGACUGCUGAGAAGUUUUUAUUGUACAAAACUUCAUUUAAAGGGUUUUUCUACUGAAUCCAGGGUAUUCUGAAGAUCGAAGCCUGUGUGUAAAAUGCUACCAAAUGGCAAAAAGCAACAAUAAAGUUUGAUUUUUACUUUUCUUUCUAACAUCAGUGCUUAGCAGAAUUGUUCAGACUAGGUUGUCAAUAGUAAAUUUGAAGACAAAAAUGUCCAUUUUCCUUUAGUCCAUGGAACCUACCAUACUUAAUAUACCUGCAACUAAAUAUUAAAAAUUAUGCUCUGUAACUCAGUACUGCUAGUAUUAGAACUAAUGAUCUUUCAAUACAGCAAAUGCUUAAUGCUUAUACUAAUGUGGAUUUGUCAGCCUUUAUGUAAUCUGUAUUAUAUAGCAGGGAAAGAGUGGCACAAUGUAUGGCUUAAAAAGGCUAUUUCUCAAUGAUGGUAUUUCAACUGGUUAUCAGCAAGUGACAAUACAUUCCACCACAAGUGUGCUCUUGUUCUAGCUUUUAGACUAUAUGAAAGAAACUGGGUGCUUCAGAAUUUGGAGAAAGAAACACUACUGUGUUGUGGAUGAACUGAAGACUGCCUGUUCAUUUUUUAAAUAUUAUUUCAGGUCCUUUGCAUACCAGAGGAGGCCCAAUUUCACUCAAAUGUUUUGAGAACUGUGUUAAAUAAAUGCAAAUGAAAAGUAAAGUGCUGGUACAAUUCA